GAUCUUAUUUAGUAUGAAAAUACGGAAGUGUAUCCGAAUUGAUGGGGUGGAAAGCAAUAUGGCGGGUACUUCGGAGGAUCAACUUUUAAAUCUAGGGAUAGAAGACAGCGAAAACAGAGACGAAGAUGGCCUAGGACAUGAUGAUGAAAGCAAUGACAUAUAUAAUGAACCCGGUAACAUGGGUUACGACCUCCCGUCGUCAUCCGUCAACGGAGAGGUCUGGAACAAUACAAAAAAGAUAUGGGAACUUAAUUACCAUGAAGCGGCAAUAUUUUUACAAGAGGGAGAAAAUAACGACAAAUACACCACCCACCCACGGAGUCAUGAUGCGCUUCCUGCUUAUGAGAUUGCGCACAACCAUUGGUUCUAUGCCCUGGAUUUAUUUGCGUCAAUGAUGGUGUUGUUCAUGGCAGCCUGUGAGCGUCCAGCUGUGCCAUUCCUUACCUUGCCUGUUGGAGUUCACGGUGCCCUAGAACUGUUUGGUCUCCUCAUCAUUGCCCUAGAACUGGGCAUCCGCAUGAAGUGGCUUGGCUGGAAAGUCUUCUUCAGGCAUAUCCGCACUGUCAUCAAGUCCGUGACACUGUCGAUCAUGUUUAUUGAAACCAUAGUUGUGAUGAUCAGACAAACGAACCACUUCCGUGUAACCCGUGCGCUCCGCCCACUCUUCCUCAUCGACACAUACUACUGCCGCAAUAUACGCAGGAUAUGUCGACAGAUCCUGCAGUCCCUCCCCCCAAUCCUAGACAUGAUUAUUCUUCUUCUGUUCUUUAUGCUUAUAUUCUCUAUAUUAGGAUUUUACCUGUUUUCCCAGAUACCUCAAGACACAUACUUUACAACGAUACAAGACAGCUUUAUCAGUCUGUUUGUACUUCUAACUACGGCCAACUACCCCGAUGUGAUGAUGCCGGCGUAUGCACACAACCAUGGCUACGCCAUUUUCUUCAUCAUUUAUCUUUCUCUGGAGCUUUAUUUCCUCAUGAACCUGCUUCUGGCUGUCGUUUAUGACACAUUUUCUAAUCUUGAGAAAUCAAAGUUAAAAAAACUAUUUUUCCAUAAACGUAUUGGAUGUCGACAUGCCUUCAGGUUAUUAGUCACAAAGCGGAAUUGCAACCAUAUACAACUUAAACAUUUUGCUGGAAUGAUUAAAUAUUUUAGGCCAAAGAAAACGAGACGAGAUAUUUACCUGAUGUUUAAGAUCAUCAACACGUCCAUGUCCGGCACCCUCAGCCUGGAGGAGUUCUACAGUGUUUACGACACUGUCAGCCUCCAGUGGUCGCCGACAGGCGAGCAAACGCAGAUAUGGUCCUCAAAAUUCCGUCCUCCAUGGAACAAGAUGUUCUCUAAAUUAAACUGGUUUAUCAACUGGAAGUGGUUUGAAGGAUUUGUGUAUUUGGUGAUAGGAGCCAACUUUAUAUGGAUUCUCACCGAGACCGUCCAGUGGUCAGUCAACAAAGUAGAUAUUCGUAAUUACGAGUUUGAGGCAUCUUGGGCAUCUUUCAUAUUUGUUUGCUUAUAUGCCAUUGAAGCAAUGUUGAAGAUCCUAGGUAAAGGUCCAAAAGAGUACUUCACCACCGGUUGGGAUGUGUUUGACUUUGUUGUAACGUUUACCUGUGUGAUCGGUGUGAUGGACGAAUUCUUCUCCGGAACUUUUUACUUUUUCACAGUCUUGCGUCCAUUCCGCCUACUAAGGCUUUUUAAGAUCAAGAAAAGAUACAGAGAUGUGCUAGGAACAUUCUUUGUGUUACUGAACAGAUUAUUAAGUUUGGCAGGUGUGAUAGUUUUGUUGUACUACUUCUUCAGCAUCAUAGGAAUGGAAGUCUUCCUUAAUGUGGAUCUAAGAAACUGUUGCAAGAACACCAGUGUUGAAGAUUUCUACAAGUACAGCAACGACUCGUUUUUUGAGGGGUACUAUUAUCUAAACAACUUUGAGAAUAUUCUAGUUUCUGGGGUCACUUUAUUUGAAUUAACAGUUGUAAAUAACUGGUUUAUUAUCAUGGAGGGGUAUGCCCACCAUGUGGGAGACAUAUCAAGGACCUUUUUUAUGCUGUUUUACAUUGUAAUGAUGGUAGUGAUGAACAUCGUGUUGGCCUUCAUCUUGGAACUCUUCCUGUUCCGGAUCCAGUACAGAAGGAAACUCAAACUGGAAGACAUUGACGCUCACUUGAAGCAUGUAGAGGAGGUUUCUCUUACAGAAGAAGAAGAUAUCAUGUGUAGUGACCGCCGCCUCAUCUUCACCGGUCAUCACAUCAACCUCCAGAGCCAGUAUGAAGACAUACGGACUCCUUUCCCGUAUCGUGGAGAGAGAGUCCGGAGUAAAGAUGACUUCAGUCUACGGAUGUACAGCGACGAAGUCAAGGGAUGGAUAGAAGAGGACCAAGCCGAACGAGACGAGACCAUUGAGAGUCUCGGGAGGAUGAGGGUAAGACAGCGCGCCAACGCCCACCUGGAUGAGGGUGUGGUCCAUAGAGGCAAUGCUGACCGGACCAACUCGACAUACAGCCAUGUCAGUCAGUGGGGCCUAGCUGCUAGAGGAGGCACUUCAUCUCCUUGUUGAUUUUAACCCUUUCACCACUACAGACUAGAAUGGACACAUCCAGAUCAAUGCAUGGUAGAGUCUACUUAAGUUACAUAGGGAUGUAAGGGUUAAAUGUUGAUGGGUUUGGGAAAUAUCCACCUUCAAAUUAGUGUAGUCUGGAUGCAGAGACAUUUCACCUCUGCUGAUGCAUGACAGCCUCUUUCUCUCACCUUUAAAUGAAUUAUCUCCUGUUUUUCUUACACCCUUGGGAUAUGAUAUCUCUAUCACCCCCUUGGGUAUGACAGAUGGCAUGUGGAGAGAAACAAUACCGUGUUGUCAGGAAAGCAAAAAUUACGUCACAAUCAGCUUUCGACAGGAGAGGUUAAUAUAUCAAGUCAGGAUAAAAAUACAGAUUGCAAAUCCCAAUAAGCAAUAUUUUUUGAUAGAUUGUGAUACCGUAAACAAAAUCAUCCCCCCCAUGUUGAGUGUAUGCCGGAGAAAUCUCAACCAUGCGAUAUCAAAGUUCAGUCUUAUUGAAGAUACUUAACUCUGUGAGAUUAUUGAAUGUCUAACUCUUGACUUGAAUCAAGCCUGGAUGUGACAGUUAUGAUAAAGAAUAUCACUCCUCAGGUUGAUAUUUCUAUGUUAUAUCCUCUGAGUAGGUGAAGAGAUUCUAUAAACUACAGCCACAAUAUUCCAUGGAGUUUGAGGAACAGUGGUAUCUUUCCUCCCUGUUUAUAUAAUAGCGGGAGGAUUAUCCUACAGUCCUUUCCAUCAGUUGAACCCAGGGCAAGGAGGUCCUCCAUUUGUGCAUCUCCCUGCUAAUGUAUUCGAGCAGGAGAAAGAGGGACCAGCUUAACUGAACCUGUGAUUUUGGGGAUUUGGGACAAACAAGGUUGAUAUAUGGUGGGAUCAUGCUAAUCUCAGUGGGUCAGAAUUAUGGCACAUAGUUAAACAUACAAUUGUAAUGUGCUGACAGGGAAUGACAGGGUCCCCAUGCCUGUGUUGACGGUAUUGACUUUUGUCAUGUGACUGUACGUGUGGUGAAGCUAUAAAGCUGACUGUUGCACCAAUGAAUGCAGCAACAAACUAACUUUAAAUAUUGAUAAUUUUGAAUCAAAAAAAUCGCUUUAAUACAAUGCUUUAGCUACUUGCCAUUAAUAUAAGUGAAAUCCAAGGUUUUAAUGCUUAAAACUUGCCUAUUCUGAUAUCAGUUGACUGAAUUUUAAUUUAUUCACUUAGAAAUAUAUUCAGUUCUGAAUGUGUACUGUUAUAGGUAUCUGUGUACUGUUUUAGAUAUCAGUAUUAGAUAUUAAUGUGAAAACAAUGUUUAAUAUUUAUGUUUACAUUGCUGGCCUACUAGAAAAAACCAAGCAUAUUGAAGUUGCAUUCAUAGCACCAUAAACACCUGUGAUGUCAUAUGGUUUGGUUUUGCAGCCAUUUUUAGAUUUGUCAAUGUAACACAUGUUGGCUGUGGAUAGCAGUGAAUCAAAACCUCAAGUGACUAAGAUUGUUGGAGUGCUGUUCCAUCAACAUUGUCUUACCCUGGUAUUGAUAAUGCACACUCAAAAUACCAUAAUGAUCAAAAAAUUAUGGACAGCUGUACAUGUAUUAUAUUUUAAAAUAUAAAUGUAAUGGACUUAUGGAAGUUGUUUUAAUAGUCAUGCUAUAAAACAUCCAGUUCAAUCUGUAUUUAAGCGAUUGUUUAUUUUGAAAUUGAAAAAUUGCUGUAGGAAUCAUAGACAUAUUGUUUUGGACUUGCUCUAUAUGUGCUAGUCUUUAACCUUAAACCUAGAUGUGCAAUGCUUAUUUUUUAUUUAUAUUUUAUUCUCUUUUUUUUGCCUUAUACAUAUAUACUAAUUACAUUCCAUCAUGCUGUUUAUAUCUAAAUAUUGUGUUCUUAAUAUAAGAUUUUGUCUAUAACUAUUGCAUAGGCUUCAAAAGAAAGGUGAACGAGUGUCAAAUUGUUCAAAGUCUUUAAAUUUGAGUUACCUUAAUUAAGUGAAAAUGUUAACAAUUUUUAGUCUGUUUUUAUAAAUGACUGCUCUGUAUUUGACAAAUGUAAUAUAUAUUUUAUUGUAAUAUGGCUGCCAUAGACAAAAGUUCUUCGUUCAAUCGGACGACCACAUGUUUGAUUACUGUGAUAAUAACAUUAAUUUGGUAACAUAACUUAAGUUGUAUCAUUUUGAUUUUUAUGAUAAAAGAUGAUGUCACUAGAUGCAAUACAAAAUUGUUGUCAUAGUCUUUUAUAUGGUGGAUAUCUAAAAAAAAGUUUAUUUAAAGCCAAGUUAUUUGUAACCUUUACCCCAGUUAAUGGUAAAAUUAUUCAAAGAAUGGAUUAAGAUAUCUUGAUAUUUCAGUUAUCUGAAAAUGAUGUGUGAAUGUUGAGAAAAUAUUUAUGUAAAAAGAGGAAGAUCUACUGUAUGGUUGUUAAAUAUCGGGGGUGUAUACUUUUGCGAGUUUUGGUUCCAGUCUAUUUCAGAACACCUUGAAAAUAGUUCCACAUGCAAGAUUGAUAUUGGUUACUAUGCCGGGGUGCACACAUACUAGUGCAUACCAGGUGUGAAACCUGGGUGUUCUAGACACGAUCUAAAAUUUCAUGAAUUUUUAAUAAAUUGCCCAAUAAACGAAAUUAAAAAUUUGUUAAUAAAAGCAACUAUAAAGUACUUGUGUUCAUAUAAAUCUUCAUUAAAUAUUCAAUAUGUGGUGUGAUUCAUGUCCGCAGCAUCAAUACCUUACGGUUUUGGAAAAAUUUUCGUUGGUAUUAGGUAUGUAGCAAUAAAUUGUUUUCUUAUGCAAUUUGAUGGAUAGUCUAUGUGUCUGUGAAAUUUGUUUGCGCCAUGGACACAGAUGUUUCAUAAAUGUUUUUGUUUUGACCUUUUGAGUUUUGUAACAGAAAGAUCAUUUUCACACGGGUUCUGUUUUUGUUAGAUUUCGGAUAAUUAAUGUGCAAUGCCAGUACAUUAUUUGUAAAUCGAAAAUCUGGAAUUUGCUGUAUUCUUAACUGGACAUAAACAUGUAAUCUUUUAAGUCUGUAAUGAUCUGAUAGACUCCAUUAAAAGAGCGGAAGUUUUUGAGACUGUUUGGUCUAAAUUGUCUUACUAAAGAAACCGUUCUGAAAGUAAAACAAAAAGUUCGCCUUUGAAGGAUUGAAAUACAUGUUCUUCAUGACUCCAAUUUGGUUGAAUUUUGCCUACUCUAUCGUAAAAGAUUGACACUGUCUUGAAAAGGAGAGUAAAAAAAACAGAGGAGAAAAGUCGUCGGUAGACCAUAUAUCACAAGAUCAAGAAGCACAGAAUAUUUUUGUAUUUUAACCUGGAAAUAUGCUUGUGUUAACAUGUAUGUGUUCAAAUUCUUGUAACUGUUAAGGCGGUAAGAGUGAGGCCACUCCAUGGUUAUCAAAACCAUUUCAUGAUUUAUGCAAAAAUGGGGCUGGUAACCACAAAUUCAUCGUCAUUGUAUUUUAUUUAUUGAUGUUCAUAAUUUUAUGAUUAUUUUUCGUUUGUAUAGCCAUUCUCAAAAUAAACCUAUUAAUUCAAAAUAUUGUUUAGAUAAAAAAUAAAUUUAAAAACUGUUAAACGUGAUUUGUGUUUCCCAUAUAAAAUUGUUUGGGUCAUAUUUGUUAUCCGGGACCAAUCAUUCCAUGACU